UAUCUUCACUAUGAUUAGUCAAUUUGAGUCAAACGCUCAUUUUGUAAAUACUUUAUUCGUAAUUCGCGAGGAGCUGGAUGAGAAGAAACUCUCACAUCCGGUUCUGUAGUAGAGAUGGAAUAAAUAAAAAUCCAUCAACUAUAACCCCAAAAGAACCAGAUUCCGUAAACAACAUAGAGGAAGAAUGAAGGGAAUAGCUUCUCGAGGGAAUCAUAUUUGUUUCGGUAAAUAUGCGCUUCAAGCACUUGAACCCGCUUGGAUCACAUCUAGACAAAUAGAAGCUGGGCGACGGGCUAUGACACGAAAUGCACGUCGUGGAGGAAAAAUAUGGGUACGUAUAUUUCCCGAUAAACCAGUUACUGUACGACCCGCAGAAACACGUAUGGGUUCAGGAAAAGGAUCCCCUGAAUAUUGGGUUGCUGUUGUUAAACCCGGUCGGAUACUUUUUGAAAUGGGUGGAGUAACAAAAAAUAUUGCCAGAAAAGCUAUUUCAAUAGCAGCAUCAAAAAUGCCGAUACAAACUCAAUUCAUUAUUUCGGAGAUAGAAUAGACGAUAUAACUCUAGAACCAACCCAAAGAAUCUUAAGAAUGAAACAAAAAACAAAAAAAAAAGAGGUUUCGUUUUAUGUUUGUGGACAAAAAAUAUUUCUUUUUUUCUUCGCCCUUUGCAUUGUGAAAGAAAAGAAUAAAAAAAAUGCUAUGAUUCAAUCCCAAACCCUUUUAAAUGUAGCGGAUAACAGCGGGGCUCGAAAAUGAUGUGUAUUCGAAUAAUAGGAGCUAGCAAUCGUCGAUAUGCUUAUAUUGGUGACAUUAUUGUUGCUGUUAUCAAAGAAGCUGUACCUAACAUGCCUCUACAAAGAUCUGAAGUAGUUAGAGCCGUAAUCGUGCGUACCUCUAAAGAACUAAAACGUGGCAACGGGGAUAAUAAUACGAUAUGAUGAUAAUGCCGCAGUUGUUAUUGAUAAAGAAGGAAAUCCAAAAGGGACCAGAAUUUUUGGUCCAAUCCCCCGGGAGUUAAGACAAUUAAAUUUUACUAAAAUCGUUUCAUUAGCUCCUGAGGUAUUAUAAAAAAAAUUAAAAAAUGGAGUAGAAUCUGUCUCACGUAUAUAACUUUAAGAUUAAAAUAAAGUAAGAUAAACACAAUAAUCCAUAGACAAUAAAAAAAACACGUUGAGAGUAGAAAAAUUUU